GAACAAAUAAGGACAGCGCAAGCAAGUUGUCGCUAGAACGAUUGACUGGUCCUCGUUGGAGAGGACUCGACUCAACUUAUUCCUCGUCUUCUUUCGCUUUACAAGCUGGCUCCAACACUUAUUUCCAUCUUAACUUCCAAGUUAACUUCAAGGUCGCGCUCCCGGUCUUCAGCAACACAGCCAGGCUCGCCUUCACGCGAAUCACAGGUCUUACCACCAAUGGGCCAACAGCAAUCUAAAAAGGCAAAGAAAGGAGGAAAGGAGAAGGACGUGGACCCCGUGCACGAUGAUUCUAUAGAGGAAUCGAAUGGUCAAAUGCCCCAUGGCAGUUUGAAUCGUGCAACGGGGAGUCAUCCAAACCACUCCCAAAGUGUCGCCCACGAGUAUGAUGCAGUCCGAAAUAGUGCACCCUCUCUUAACGUACCAAGUUCCGGAGAGCCCAAUGGAAGCAGCUCAAAACCACCAAGUUCGCCAGGUGCUUCACCGGCUAUCCUCAGUUCUUCCCCGAGUGACCUCUCUACUCCCUCCCUACUCGCGUCAACUUCGACGCCACAAGCUUCGGCUUUAUCAACGAAACCCUCUCCCGCUCCUCUCGACAUUCCACUCACUCAGACAAUCCUCUCAACUUCUAUGCCGUCGUCGUCCUUUACGCCGGGUUCAGCGGCUAGCUUCCCCUUGAGUGACUCUGCGGGAGGAAAGGCCGGACAGUUCGACAUCGACGGUAUGAUCCAACGGCUUCUUGAUGUGGGCUAUACGGGUAAAGUCAGCAAAUCUCUGUGUCUCAAAAAUACGGAGAUUGCUGCUAUUUGCCAAGCAGCGCGGGAGGUGUUCCUCAGCCAACCAACUCUCAUCGAGUUGUCACCACCAGUAAAGAUUGUCGGCGACGUGCAUGGGCAAUAUUCAGAUCUUAUCCGCCUUUUCGAGAUGUGCGGUUUCCCUCCAGCCGCCAACUACCUAUUCCUGGGUGACUAUGUCGAUCGCGGGAAGCAGAGUUUGGAGACAAUCUUACUACUCUUGUGCUACAAGAUAAAGUACCCGGAGAACUUCUUCCUCUUACGUGGCAAUCAUGAAUGUGCAAAUGUCACAAGAGUGUACGGCUUCUAUGACGAGUGCAAAAGACGAUGUAACAUAAAGACAUGGAAGACAUUCAUAGACGUCUUCAAUUGCCUGCCCAUUGCGGCUAUUGUCGCCUCCAAGAUAUUCUGCGUACACGGCGGACUAUCACCUUCACUUCACUCCAUGGAAGAUAUCAAACGCAUACAAAGACCGACCGACGUGCCGGACUACGGGCUACUAAACGAUUUGCUAUGGUCCGAUCCUUCUGAUACGGCAUUGGAUUGGGAGGAUAAUGAGAGGGGGGUAAGCUACUGUUUCGGGAAAGGCAUUAUCAAUGACUUCCUGGUACGGUAUGACAUGGACCUGAUAUGCAGGGCUCAUAUGGUCGUCGAGGACGGGUAUGAGUUCUGGAACGACCGGACACUUGUGACGGUCUUCAGUGCUCCGAAUUAUUGCGGAGAAUUCGACAAUUAUGGUGCUUGCAUGAGUGUCUCAGAGGACCUUCUGUGCGCUUUCGAACUCCUCAAACCUUUGGACGGGCCGGCGCUCCGGAAAGAGAUGACGAAGGCUAAGCGGAAGAGUCUAAUGGCGACUGCAACGUGAUCAUGACAUGCCACGCGUAGUACACCAGUGUCACAGGGUCAAGGGUGUGGGAACCUGUUAAUGAACACUGUAUGUUGAGGCGUAGACGCUUGUUGAAAUAUCCGGGGCCUAUGCCUGACCCA